ACACGUUCGUAGCUUCAGAGCCCGCGCCGAGGGGAACCCUGGAGACCAGCGUCGCGCGCCAGCCUAGGCUGCAGUCUGAGGAGGAGUCGCGGGCGCCGAGACCCCAGAGCCGCCUUUCAUCCUAUUUUUCCUGGAGUGAAGAUGAAUUCCCAGUAAAGGAAGUGACUUGAUCAAGUUACUGAAUUGGUUUCUCUUUGUCAUUCAUGGAAAAAUGGAUCAUUUAAACCUUUGGAGGACACAGUUAUCUAAAUACUUCCAUAUCGCCAACUAAGAUUUAAGACAGUACAUUUAUGGCAAUUAAUUUCUACGUGUAGAACUGUUGAAGAACUGAAAGAGGAUAUUUUUUUGAUAAAAAUAAUUCUGUGGUAUCAUGAUACAACUAAAUAAAACUAAAAAGCACAAUUAAUUAAAUUAUGAGAUUUGCUAAUAAGAGCACCCAUGUGCAGAGCUACUGUAUCCUAACAGUUAACAGACCUCAAAUUUAGAUGGUUUUCUUUCUUGAGAAGAGUCAUUAUAUUUGCAAAACACCACUGAACUUUGUCAUUAAAUAUAUUUUCAGUUAAGUACAUUUAGGAGAAUUUUCUUGAAACUAGUUCAAGAAAAUUACAAGACCCACCACUAAGUGGAUUUGAUAUUAUGGCAGCAACUUACAGACUUGUGGUUAGUACUGUGAACCACUAUAGCAGUGUGGUGAUAGACCGACGUUUUGAGCAAGCUAUACAUUAUUGCACUGAAACCUGCCACACUUUCACACAUGGAGUUGACUGCAUUGUGGUACAUCAUAGUGUUUGUGCAGACCUCUUGCACAUCCCUGUGUCUCCAUUCAAAGAUUCGGAUCUAAACUCUAUGUUUCUACCCCACGAGAAUGGGUUUUCCUCAGUUGAAGGUGACUAUCCUCCUCAGGCCCUCACAGGCUUACCCAAGGUCAAGAGAAGCUCUACAUUUCAGAAUACCUGUAACUUAAAGGACAUUGCAGGGGAAGCAAUCAGUUUUGCUAGUGGAAAAAUAAAAGAAUUUUCCCUUGAAAAAGUCAAAAAUUCUAACCAUGCUGCUUACAGAAAGGGAAGGAAAGUUAAAUCUGACUCAUUUAAUAGGAGGUCAGUUGAUUUUGACUUGCUCUGUGGCCAAUACAACAAUGAGGGCAACUCCCCAUCAUUUGGUUUACUACGGAGUUCCUCAGUUGAAGAAAAAUCUUUGUCCCAUAGAAACUCACUUGAUACAAACCUGGCUUCCAUGCUUCUUCAAAACUUCUCUGAAGAAGAUCUGGUUACUCAGAUUUUAGAAAAACAUAAAAUAGAUAAUUUUUCUUCUGGGACAGACAUAAAGAUGUGCUUGGAUAUCUUGCUGAAAUGCUCUGAGGAUUUGAAAAAAUGCACAGACAUCAUAAAACAGUGCAUAAAGAAAAAGUCAGGAGGUAGCCUCAAUGAAGGAAGUGGUAAUGAUACAGUUGCUAGCUCUGAAACUGUCUAUAUGAGUGUAAUGACUAGGUUAGCAUCCUAUCUGAAAAAGUUACCAUUUGAAUUCAUGCCAUCUGGAAAUACUGAGGCUAUAGAUUUAACAGAACUGGUCAGUAAUCUGCCAAGCUUACAACUGACUCCCUUCUCACCAAUAUUUGGCAAUGAACAGCCCCCUAAAUAUGAAGAUGUUGUCCAGCUCUCAGCUCCUAACUCUGGACAAUUUCAGACUAUUGAAUUGCAAGAUGACAAGCAAAAUUUUAGGAAAAUGGACUUUGUAAAAUCCAUUCCAAACAACUCCACAAAUUCCUUAUAUAACUUAGAGGUAAAUGAUCCCAGAACUCUAAAACCUGUCCAGCUUCAGUCACAGUCAUUAACCAUGAAUCCUUUAGAAACUGUUUCUUCUGAUGACUUAAUAGAAACACUUUAUAUUGAAGAAGAAUCAGAUGAAAAGAAAGCAUUAGAUAAAGGACAAAAGACAGAGAAUGGACCCAGUCAGGAGUUGUUAAAGAAAAACGAACAUAGAACAGAAUUUUCAGAACAUGAUACUCAUCUUAAAAAAUGUCCUGCCUCAGUGCAAAAUGAAAUUGGUAACAUAUUGGAAAAACCAUUUGUUCAUCUAUCUCAGGAAGACUGUAAAUCACAAAGUCCUAAAGUUGCAAGGGGAGACCAGAAAGAUUUUAUGAACUCUAAUAGCCAGGAAGAGAUAGAUAAAUUGCUGAUGGAUUUGGAAUCUUUUUCACAGAAGAUGGAAACUUCUUUAAGAGAGCCACUUGCCAAGAGUAAAAACUCUAAUUCUCUAAAUAGUCAUAGUCACUUGACUGGUCAGACCCCAAUAGAUCUGGAAUCCAAAUCUAAACUCUCUUUACCCGUGGAAAAAGUCUCACCUUCCUGUCUGACAAGGAUUAUUGAAACCAAUGGACACAAAAUAGAGGAAGAGGAUAGAGCCCUCUUACUGCGAAUUCUGGAAAGCAUUGAAGACUUUGCUCAAGAAUUAGUUGAAUGCAAAUCAGGCAGAGGAAGCCUAUCACAAGAACAGGAAAUGAUGCAAAUUUUACAGGAAACCUUAACAACUUCCUCUCAGGCCAGUUUAUCAGUCUGUAGAAGUCCUGUUGGUGAUAAAGCCAAAGAUACAACUUCCAUGGUUUUGAUUCAGCAGACUCCAGAGGUGAUCAAGAUCCAAAAUAAAUCAGAAAAGAAACCUGGAACACCACUUCCACCACCAGCAACCUUUCCAAGUAGUCCCCGACCUCUCUCCCCUGUUUCUCAUGUGAAUGUUGUGAAUGUACCAUUGUCCAUAAACAUUCCACAGUUCUACUUUCCUGAAGGACUCCCAGAUGCCUGUAGUAACCAUGAACAGACUCUAAGCAGAAUUGAAACUGCUUUCAUGGAUAUUGAAGAUCAGAAAGCAGACAUUUAUGAAAUGGGAAAAAUUGCAAAGGUCUGUGGCUGUCCUCUUUAUUGGAAAGCCCCCAUGUUCAGGGCUGCAGGGGGAGAGAAGACAGGAUUUGUGUCAGCACAGUCUUUCAUUGCUAUGUGGAGAAAAUUGCUGAAUAACCAUCAUGAUGAUGCCUCCAAAUUCAUCUGUCUUCUAGCAAAGCCCAGCUGCAGCUCUCUAGAACAGGAGGAUUUCAUCCCUUUACUUCAGGAUGUGGUGGAUACACAUCCUGGUCUCACGUUCCUGAAAGAUGCUCCAGAAUUCCACUCCCGCUACAUCACCACGGUUAUUCAGAGAAUAUUCUACACAGUCAACAGAUCUUGGAGUGGAAAAAUUACUUCAACAGAAAUAAGAAAAAGCAACUUUUUGCAAACUUUAGCCCUUUUGGAAGAAGAAGAAGAUAUAAACCAAAUCACUGAUUAUUUCUCCUAUGAACAUUUCUAUGUUAUUUAUUGUAAAUUCUGGGAACUAGAUAGUGAUCAUGACCUCUACAUCAGCCAGGCUGAUCUGUCUCGAUACAAUGACCAGGCUUCAUCAAACAGAAUUAUUGAAAGGAUAUUCUCUGGAGCAGUAACUAGGGGAAAAACAGUACACAAAGAGGGAAGAAUGAGCUAUGCAGAUUUUGUUUGGUUUUUGAUCUCUGAGGAAGACAAAAGGAACCCUACCAGCAUUGAGUAUUGGUUCCGCUGCAUGGAUGUGGAUGGAGAUGGCGUACUUUCCAUGUAUGAGCUGGAGUACUUCUAUGAGGAGCAGUGUGAACGAAUGGAGGCCAUGGGCAUUGAGCCCUUGCCAUUCCAUGAUUUAUUGUGCCAGAUGCUUGACCUGGUGAAGCCAGCCAAUGAUGGCAAAAUAACUCUAAGAGAUCUGAAGAGGUGCAGAAUGGCUCACAUCUUCUAUGACACUUUCUUUAAUCUGGAGAAAUACUUAGACCAUGAACAGAGAGAUCCCUUUGCAGUCCAGAAGGAUGUUGAAAACGAGGGGCCCGAGCCCUCCGACUGGGACCGGUUUGCUGCUGAGGAGUAUGAGACUCUUGUCGCAGAGGAAUCUGCACAAGCACAAUUCCAGGAAGGCUCCUUUGAAGAUUAUGAAAUAGAUGAACCUGCUUCUCCCUCCGAAUUUGGAAACAAAGCCAAUAAAACAGUAAACUCAAGCCUUUCAGAGAAAUGUGGAAAGCUUCAGUCAGUGGAUGAAGAAUAGCUGCCAAUGUCUACAUGAAAGGAAGAUGUGUUUUAAAUGUUUUUUUCUUGUGAAGAGAUGUUCUAGUUGCAUACUGUUUCAAAGGCUUUGAUGUCUCCAAAUGUGUAUCUGCACUAGGAACUUUAAAAUGCUUUUAUGCAAUGGGUCAGGAUACACACUCAACUAAGGAAAUGCCUCUAAUUUGCCUCAAACCUCUUAUAGAGCUUUUCCUCGGAAGUAAAUAUAAUGAUAUACCAUCACCUUCCAAAGUUUGGAAAUCAGCACUCUACACCCCUGAAUGUACCAAGGAUCUCUUGGGGCCAGUGCCAAGCACAGUUCUCUGCACAGAGCAGAAGUUGCCUCAGUGUUGGCCGGCAUCCCUGAAGCCCUUUUGGGGCUCCUGUGGAGCCUAGAAGAAACCUUCACUUGCAGAAAACUUGAGUUAAAAAAUUCUGGAACAUGAAAUAGCAGUUAAGGGCCUCCAGAAUUGACUUAGCCCUAGUAAUAAAAGCACUGCCAAAACAUCUCAGAGACUUAUUUUAAUUGUAUGUGUACUGAAGUUCAGAGACCUUAAACUUACCUGGUUUAUGUAAUUUCACAGUGACCUGCCAAACUGCUAGUCACUUUACAUCCUCAGGUAUUUUAACCACUGGGCCUUCCAACUUUACUGACAAGCUCUGGCAACUGUGGAUCUUGUAUCUCAACAAAAACUUUUAACAUGAAGACAAGUACAGAUUUGACUCUUAUUUGAAAAAAGUCCUUUCAACUUACCUAACAUUUGUUUAACUAUUUAAUGAUUUAUUAAUCUCCAAAUUAGCUGAUGUCCCACCUUCACUUCCUGUCAAGCCUACUGGAAGUCCUAAAGGAAUAAUGAUAUAUGAAAAUUCUUAUCAGACUUGUACGUUUCUUCACUGAAUAUUAGACUGGGCCAAUCAUAAAGGCCUCAAUGUAAACAUUAUUCUUUACUUCAAUGCUGAAAUCACUAUUCCAGAUUAUUAUUCACCUCAAUAUUUAUCUUAGAAAUGGAAGAAAAUAGUGAUAGACUCACUCAUAAAAGCUAUUUACUGUAGUUGCUGUGUUCAUUACAGAAUCCUACAUUAUUCAGCAGGCCACAGUGCAGCCAAAUGCCCCAAUAUCCUUGAAAAGAAACUAUUAAAAAGAAUGGACAGGCUCAGCGCCUGUAGCUUAGUGGCUAGGGCGCCAGCCACAUACAUCAGAGCUGGGGGGGGUCGAAUCCAGCCUGGGCCUGCCAAACUACAAUAGCUGGGUGUUGUGGCAGGUGCCUAUAGUCCCAGCUACGUGGGAGGCUGAGAAUCUCUUAAGCCCAAGAGUUUGAGGUUGCUAUGAGCUGUGACGCUACAGCACUCUACCCAGGGCUACAACUUGAGACUCUGUCUCAAAAAAAAAAAAAAACGAUGGACAGUUCUGAUAUAAUUUCUAAUAUAAGUAAAAUGAUUUCUGAUGAAAGUAAAAGAAAUGCCCCGCCAAACAAUUUUAUCUCCCUGUAGGUUAUUUUUUUAACCAGUCCUAAAAGUGUCAGAAUAACUUUCCUUUCCACCCCACCCUUGCUGGUAUCAAGGCCAAGCAUUAAAGUAAUCAAACCUGGGGGGCUAUGAUAGCCAAAAGGAGGAAAGGAGAAUUUUAGGAUCUAUGCCAUCAAGUAGUAAGAGUAAUUCUAGCAAUCCUGUCAGAAGCUCCUCCCAGUUUCAUUACUUUAUCUUCAUGAUUAGAACUAAUUCCAAUUGUUACAGACAAGGCGGUGCCUGUGGCUCAGUGGGUAGAGCACUGUCUCCAUUAUACCAAAGGUGGCAGGUUGGAACCUGACCCUGGCCAAACUGCAACAACAGUAACAACAAAUAGCCGGGUGUUCUGGCGGGUGCCUGUAGUCCCAGCUACUGGGGAGGCUGAGGCAAGAGAAUUGCUUAAGCCCAGCAAUUGCUGUGAGCUGAGACACCACAGCACUCUACCAAGAGCGAUACAGUGAGACUCUCUAAAAAAAAAAAAUAAAAAUAAAAAAAAUUUACAGCCCAUUACAGUAGUUCACAUGUAAUUAAAAGUGACUAAAUUUUUAGCAAACAUUUUACAGCACUCUACCAAGAGCGAUAAAGUGAGACUCUCUAAAAAAAAAUUAAAAAAAAAAAAUUGUUACAGACCAUUACAGUAGUUCACAUGUAAUUAAAAGUGACUAAAUUUUUAGCAAACAUUUUAUGCAGUAAACUAAACACACUGGGAUAGGUUGUUAGGACCUUCAAAUCAUUUAUAUCAGGCGUCCUCAAACUGCGGCCCGCAGGCCACAUGAAGCGGUGUGAAUUGUAUUUGUUCCCGUUUUGUUUUUUACUUCAAAAUAAGAUAUGUGCAGUGUGCAUAGGAAUUUGCUCAAGAGUUUUUUUUAAACCUAUAGUCCAGCCCUCCAACGGUCUGAGGGGAAGUGAAUUGGCCCCGUUUAAGAAGUUUGAGGAUGCCUGAUUUAUGACACAUGAAAUUUACUAGGGAUCCCAUCUGACCUUCGCUGAGGACUGAAAGCAGCUAUUUUUAAACUGCAGAAAGAAAUACAAAAAAGGUAAAUUUUUUUAGAAGUCAGAUAUGGUAAUGGUUUUAUUGUCCAUAAUGAUCUGAACUAUUUCUGGCUGGGCUCAAUGGCUCAUGCCUGUAAUCCCAGCACUUUGGGAGGCAGAGGUGGAUGGAUCACCUGAGCUGACAAGUUCAAAACCAGACUAUCUUGUUCAAGCUAGAACAAGACCCAUCUCUAAAAAUAAUCAGGCAUUGUGGCAAGCACCUGUAAGUCCCAGCUACUUGGGAGCCUGAAGCAAGAGAAUCACAUCAGCCAAGAGUUAGAAGUUGCUGUGAGCUAUGACUGUAGUCCCAUCUACUUGGGAGGCUGAGGCAAGAGAAUCGCUUGAGCCCAAGAGUUAGAGGUUGCUGUGAGCUAUGAUGUCCCUGCUCUCUACAGGGGGGCAACAAAAUGAGACUCCCCUCCCAAAAAAAAAACACUUGCCAAAAAGUAAAAAUAAAAUUAAAUUUUACAACAUA